CUCUCAGUUGAUCUGAGCGUUUCAGUGUCUCCUCUGCUGCUGUCCAGUCAUCCUUGAGUCGAGAUGAUGUCCGGUUGGUUUCUGGUUGUGUUGGUGGUCUGUGGUCUGGUCAAGGCUCAGACCCCCACGGAUGGAGAUGAAAAUGAUCUGAUAUUAAAUCCUGAGAAAACAGACACAGAUCUGCAAGUCCUGCUGCAGCAGCUGAUGACCAGAGUGGAGAAACUGGAGAGAGAGCGUGAGGACCGAGGUUACUAUCAGGUGGCCUUCUCGGCCUCGCUCAUGACCACUACAGACUGGACCUCUGUGGGGCCUUUCAACACCGUGACCACUCUGGUGUUCAGGAACGUUAUGACAAACAUCGGCAACGCGUACAACUCCAUAACAGGCAUCUUCACCGCCCCCCUGAAAGGUCUCUACUACAUUCGGAUGACCGGCAGUGUCGGAAACUCCGGGUCCGUGGACAUUUCACUGAGGAAGAACGGUCAGAGUAUGUUUGGUAUCUACAACACCAAUGAAAAGUACAGCAGCAGCUCCAAUGGCAUGACAAUGGUCCUGGAGGCCGGUGACCAGCUGUGGGUCACCCUCUGGAGCGGAAACAGCAUCUUCGACCAGAGUCAACUCAGCACCUUCAGCGGCUUCCUCAUCUGCCCCAUGUAGGAGGAGCCUGACUCACCUGCACCUGCUGUGGAGGAGGUGGAGGAAGUCUAGAUCUAGAUCACUACCGGAAAAUAUACAAAACUUAAAAUUCAAAGUCAAGAGAGUCACGUAUAAACCAAUCAAAAUAUUGUGUGAAGACAAGUCUGAAACCAAAAACCAAUUUUUCAAUUUCUUAUGACUUCGAUUAGAAACAUAAACAUCACCUAACAAGUAGUUUUAAUUUGAAAUGUUGAACAGGAAACUGUCUGUCUAAGCUGCUAAAAAAAUAAAAGCCCACUAACGUCUGCUGUAGUUCCAGUGAAGUGAAAGUCC